CCGGAAGCAGCUGAGAUCCAGCCAACAGGCCUGAGGUUAAUUCAGCCAGGAAAGGGGGCGGGAAGGGCUGUGGGGCACCUGUCAAAUCGCCACCAUGAACGUGGUUUUUGCGGUGAAGCAGUAUAUUUCCAAAAUGAUAGAGGACAGCGGGCCCGGCAUGAAGGUACUUCUCAUGGAUAAAGAAACGACUGGUAUAGUGAGUAUGGUCUACACACAGUCUGAGAUUCUUCAGAAGGAAGUAUACCUCUUCGAACGAAUUGAUUCUCAAAAUCGAGAGAUCAUGAAACACCUGAAAGCAAUCUGUUUCCUUCGACCUACAAAGGAGAAUGUGGACUAUCUGAUUCAGGAGCUCCGAAGACCCAAAUACAGUAUAUAUUUUAUUUAUUUCAGUAAUGUGAUCAGCAAGAGUGAUGUGAAGUCUUUGGCUGAAGCUGACGAGCAGGAAGUUGUGGCUGAAGUUCAGGAAUUUUAUGGUGAUUACAUUGCUGUGAAUCCACAUUUGUUUUCCCUGAAUAUUUUGGGUUGCUGUCAGGGUCGAAAUUGGGAUCUAGCCCAGCUAUCCAGAACAACUCAAGGACUGACUGCUCUCCUCUUAUCUCUGAAGAAGUGCCCCAUGAUUCGUUACCAGCUCUCAUCAGAGGCUGCAAAGAGACUUGGAGAAUGUGUUAAGCAAGUGAUAAGCAAAGAAUACGAACUCUUUGAGUUCCGGCGGACGGAGGUUCCUCCACUGCUUCUCAUUCUAGAUCGCUGCGAUGAUGCCAUCACCCCACUGCUCAACCAGUGGACGUAUCAGGCCAUGGUCCAUGAACUACUGGGUAUAAACAACAACAGGAUCGACCUUUCCAGAGUGCCGGGGAUCAGCAAAGACUUGAGAGAGGUGGUCCUGUCUGCUGAAAAUGACGGAUUCUAUGCCAGUAAUAUGUACCUGAACUUUGCAGAGAUCGGUAGCAAUAUAAAGAAUCUCAUGGAAGACUUCCAGAAGAGAAAACCAAAGGAACAGCAGAGGCUAGAGUCCAUAGCAGACAUGAAGGCCUUUGUGGAGAAUUACCCGCAGUUCAAGAAGAUGUCCGGGACUGUAUCAAAGCACGUGACGGUGGUUGGAGAACUGUCUCGGUUGGUCAGUGAGCGGAACCUGCUGGAGGUUUCAGAGGUUGAGCAAGAACUCGCCUGCCAGAAUGACCAUUCCAGUGCUCUCCAGAAUGUGAAGAGACUGCUGCAGAAUCCCAAAGUCUCAGAGCUGGACGCAGCCCGCCUGGUGAUGCUUUAUGCCCUGCACUACGAGCGCCACAGCAGCAACAGCCUGCCAGGACUCCUGAUGGACCUCAGGAGCAAAGGGGUUUCCGACAAGUACCGAAAGCUUGUGUCUGCAGUUGUUGAAUAUGGUGGUAAACGGGUCAGAGGAAGUGACCUCUUCAGCCCCAAAGAUGCAGUGGCUAUUACCAAACAGUUUCUCAAAGGACUGAAGGGGGUGGAGAAUGUGUACACGCAGCACCAGCCUUUCCUGCAUGAGACCCUGGACCACCUCAUCAAGGGGAAGCUCAAGGAAAGCCUCUAUCCUUACGUAGGCCCCAGCACACUCAGAGACAGGCCUCAGGAUAUCAUCGUGUUUGUCAUUGGAGGAGCCACCUAUGAAGAGGCACUAACAGUUUAUAACCUGAACCGCACCACUCCUGGAGUUAGGAUUGUUCUGGGGGGAACAACAGUUCACAACACCAAAAGUUUCCUAGAGGAAGUCCUGGCUUCUGGGCUGCACAGCCGCAGCAGGGAGAGCUCACAGGCCCCAAGCAGGUCGGCAAUCAGAAGAUGAGAUGGCAGUGAAGAGCAGUGACAGCCAGUGGCCUCCCUCCCACCGGGCCUCACCCCUUCUGCCGACUUGGGGCUUCCGGAUGGCUCUUGUGUAACCUGAUUCCUGAACUGCUGGUUCGGACACCAGGACUGCGCAGCCGGUGAUAGGCUCAUCCCAACCCACUUGUGAUUCUGUAUCAAAUAAACACGUUCUUUGUGUA